CGAGCAAACACAAACAAACGUCCCCUCCCACCCGGCCGCUUGCUCCCUGCCGCUUGCUCUUGUCUGGACCGCAGCGCCUCCCCGGUUCAUGAGGCAGCGCACUUAAUACCCCGCCGCCGUCUCCCCACCACGCUCCUUACUUCCCCCCCACCAUCCCGGACUGCCGUCGCCAUGGCCACCAACGGCGCCCAGGUCUACGAGCCGGUGCUGGCCGCGCAUAACCUGAUGCAGUCAGCGUCGAACCGCACACAGAAAGAGCAGGCACACGAGUUUUUGGAAAAGUUUCAGAAGUCGCAAGAGGCAUGGACAACAACGCUGGCCAUGCUGGAGUCGAGUUCGGUGGACGCGGCCGCGAAGCUGUUCGCCGCCACCACCCUGAAGGGCAAGAUCGUAUACGACCUCCACCAAAUACCCCGCGAGCAGCUGCCGCAGCUGCGCGCCUCGAUUAUGAAGAGCCUGACCGUCUUCCACGCCGGGCCCAAGCCCAUCAGGCUGACGCUGUGCGUCUGUCUGGCCAACUUGGCCAUCCAGAUGACCGAGUGGAAAGACGUGCUCACCGACAUUGUCAGUGCGCUGGGGUCCGACCCAGCCACGCUGCCCUGCGUCUUGGAUUUUCUCCGCGUUCUGCCAGAAGAAGUCACGCAUGGACGUAAGAUCGCGCUCACAGAACACGAAUUGACAAUGAGGACCGCCGAGUUGAUCGAGGACAACGCCGAGCAGGCCCUAAAGCUCCUCGUCGCCUACGCCACAUCAUCACCGGCUGCUGCCCGGAAUCCCCAGCUGCUGAAUUGCAUCACGUCGUGGAUGCGCGAGAUCCCCCUCGACUCUAUCCUGAGCUCGCCCCUCCUGCCCAUCAUUGUCGACGACUUGAACGCAGACGACGAUGCGUUCGACGCUGCUGUUGAGUGUCUCAGUGCUCUCAUUGGCGAGACGCGAGAUGUGGACGAGGCGAUGCAAUCCAUCCUGGUCUUGUACCCGCAGGUAAUUGCCCUGCGACCUAAGCUUGCGCAGGCUGCACAGGAGGAGGACACCGAGAAGUUCAAGGGCAUCGCCAGGAUAUUCGCAGAGGCCGGAGAGUCGUGGGUCUUGUUGAUCGCACGGCUGCCAACUGAUUUCCGCGCCCUGGUAGAGGCCGUGCUGGAGACCGCGGCACUCGACAAAGAGCGAGACGCCAUCGCCCACACCUUCAAGUUCUGGUACGACCUGAAGCAGUACCUGACCAUCGACAAGUACACACCAGCUCGCAUGCAGAGCAUCGACAUCUACUCGAAGCUCAUCGACAUCAUGAUCGGCCACCUGGAGUACCCACGGCCGGAAGGUGGCGACGAGAAGGAUCUUUUCGAGGGCGACCGCGAGCAGGAAGAGAAGUUCAGAGAAUUCCGCCACCAGAUGGGCGACGUUCUCAAGGACUGUUGCGAAGUAAUGGGUGUGACGGAGUGCCUGCAGAAGCCAUACGAUCUGAUCCAGCAGUGGGUGCAGACAUAUGGGCCGCAGGCUGGACCGAACAGUGUGCCAGAGUGGCAGAAGCUCGAGGCACCGUUGUUCGCCGUCAGGGCGAUGGGUCGCAUGGUACCUCCGGACGAAGAUGUGAUGCUGCCCCGCCUCAUCCCGCUCAUCGUCUCGAUACCCGACCACAACAAACUCCGCUUCCAGGCUGUCAUGGCCCUCGGUCGCUACACAGAAUGGACAGCCCGACACCCGGACACCCUGCAACCUCAACUGGAUUACAUCAUGGCCGCUUUCGAACACUCGACGAAGGAUGUCAUCCGCGCCGCUGCACUCUCGUUCAAAUUCUUCUGCAACGACUGCGCCAGCUUGCUUGUCAACUUCAUCGUUCCCCUGCAGCAGUUCUACCAAAAGCACCUCGAUCAGCUCCCGGUAAGCAGCCAGGAGGAGAUCACAGAGGGCGUUGCUUCGGUCGUCGCCAGAGUUCCUAUCGAUCAGGUCUACCCAACUCUCAAACUCUACGUCGACCCUGUCAUGCAGAACUUGGCGGCGAUCGCGAACCAGGCCAAGGACGAGCCAGCACAGAAGCUUCUUGCUGACAAGAUCAACCUCGUCACGAUUUUCAUCGAGUUUGUGCAGCCCGAGGUGCCAGUCGGGCAGGACAACCCAGCCGUCAAGUACUGCCAGGAGCUCUUCCCCCUGCUCGGAAAUCUCAUCACACAUUUCAACCAGAGCGUGCCGAUUCUCGAACGCGUCUGCCGUUGCUGGCGAUACAUGGUGUUGUCGUACCGAACGGCCAUGCGACCACUGCUGCCCGAGCUUGCAACACGACUGACACAGGGCUUCGACGCAUCAAGACAGGGCUGCUUCCUGUGGGCUACAGCUGCCAUCGUGCGGGAGUUUUCACAGGGUGUAGAGCAAGUGGAUCCCGGGCUGGCCAACGACGUCUACCAGUUUUACGAGCAGCAAGCGAGGACUUUCUUGAAGAUGCUGAGCGAUGUCGUCCGACCAGACGAGCUUCCUGACUUGAUCGAGGACUACUUCCGGCUCGCCUCCGACAUGGCGCUGUACUUCCCCUCCGAAUCGAUCAUGUCGCCGCUCAUGGAGACCAUCGUGCUGGCAGCUUGCAACGCGCUUGCUCUGCUCAAGGAGGAGCCGAUCAUUGCAACACUCCACUUCCUCCGCGACCUGCUCGGCUAUGGUCGCAAUGCCUCGCCGUCGUCUAGCUUCGACCACACACGACACGAAGUCCCCAAGCAGCUGCAGGACCGGGUUAAGCAGCUGGUCCUGACUGCCGGGGAGGUCAUGGUUCAGCGUAUUAUGACCGGGAUGAUGUACAGCUUCCCCGAAGGCUGCUUUGCAGACUCCUCAGGUGUGCUCCUCGAUCUCUUCGAGCUCAACCCCGAGCAGGUCGCCUCGUGGGUCGCCAACACAGUCGCCAUGCUCCCACAGGGCAGCAUCACACCCCAGGAAAGCGAGCGCUUCCUGAACAACAUCCGCCAACGCAUCCAGACUGGCGAUGUCAGGAUGAUCCGGACCAUCCUCCAGGACUUCACGACCAGCUACCGCCGCCGCAACGUGGCGCCGCGAGAGGGUCUGGGCCGGCUGGAGGCCUCGCGCUUCCGAUUCACUGGUUAGAUGCCGGACUCCCCGACGCGACUCUUCGGCUACGCAGGAGGAUGGAAGGAUAGACAUGAUUGUGGCAGCGUGUACAUCACGGCGGGUUUCGUUUGACUGUACCAACGGCAUUGGGGCAUUAGCAUGACGGAGCAGGGCAGGAUACCUCUGGGAUUUUCGCACGACUAUACAUAUUCGACACAUGGACUAGAUACUGCUUUGUCAAUAUUCACAUCACGUAUCUCACCACAUAUCAUCGUCGUUCUUGUCGUCUUUCGCGGUCGUCGUGUGGCAAAAGUACGAACUCGUAGUGCACGUGGUCCCG